AUGGACAAUCGGUUGCGACUUACAACCACAAUAGAGGGCAUUCGGUAUCUAACAAAUCAAGCAUUGGCUUUUCGAGGUCACGAUGAAUCCGUUGACUCAUCUAACCGGGGCAAUUUCGUUGAAAUCUUAAAGUCUUUUGCAAGAAUGAAUAUAGAAGUUGAUAAAGUUGUUCUAGAUAAGGCUCCUCAUAAUGCUCAGUAUAUUGCCCAUGAUAUACAAAAACAGAUCUUGCAUAUUUUUGCUACCAAGGUGAAGAAGAAAAUUUGCAAGGAACAAAUGGCUAUUAUUCUAAGAUUUGUUGAUUGUGAUGGAUUUAUUCGUGAAUGCUUUUUCGAUAUUGUGAGUGUCGUAGACACUAAUGCCUUGACUCUUAAACAAGAGAUAUGCAAAGUGCUUGAUAAUAACGGCAUUCUAGUGGAAAACAUGCGUGGCCAAGGGUAUGAUGGUGCUAGUAAUAUGCGUGGUUCAUGGAAUAGAUUACAAGCAUUGUUUCUUCAAGAUUGUCCAUAUGCAUAUUAUAUGCAUUGCUUUGCUCAUCGCUUGCAAUUAGCAUUAAAUGGUGUGGCUAAAGAUGUGAAGUUCCAAGAUAUAAGGGCACAUGGCUGGGAUGAUUUAUUCAUGAGUGUGGUAUCAUUUUGUGAACAACAUGGUAUUGAUGUUCCUGAUAUGAGUUCUCGUUAUAUGAUGGGCACACGUCGUUCUUGUCAACAAAAAGAUUUUAUUACAGUUGAACAUUACUAUCGCAUUGAUGUAUUUAAUGAUGUGAUAGAUUGCAUGUUGAGGGAGUUAAAUGACAGAUUUCCAAAGCAAACAGUUGAACUUCUUAUUCUUAGCUCAGCAUUGGAUCCUCGUAAUUCCUUCAAAUCAUUCAAUAUUGGGCAUCUAUGUAAACCUGCUGAGAAAUUCUAUCAUGCUGAUUUCAGUCCAAGUGACUUAAAAGGUUUGGAAAUUGAGUUGAGGUAUUUUCAAAAUGAUAUGCAUUGCCUUCCCUGCUUUAAGGACCUCACCACUCUUCCUCAAUUAUGUCAACAAUUGGUGGAAACAACUUUGGCAGAAAACUACCAUUUGCUUUACAGGUUGAUUCAGUUGGUGUUGACUCUUCCAGUUUCUACAGCAACAACGGAACGAGCUUUUUCAUGUAUGAGAAUUAUUAAGAAUAGACUUCGAAGCACCAUAGCUGAUGAAUUCCUUGCUAAUUGCAUGAUUCUCCACAUUGAAAGAGAGUUUGCUAAUAGUAUCGAUAAUGAAGAGAUAAUUGAGGAAUUUAAGAUUUCUAAGCCUCGUAGGGUACAAUUUUAG